CCCACCGGUCGGGGCCGCCGCCAGGCUUAGUCAGAGGAAUGUGGGUGGGACUCCCUCCUCCCCCGGCGCCUUAAAAACCCGCUCGGACCGACACGCACGCAGUCUCCCGUCCCGGCGGAGCGUCCCCGCUGUACCCCGCCCGCGGCGCUCGGGCUCUCUCUCACUCGGUGGCCGCCGCUUCUGCCGCCGGCCGGGCAGGAUGGUGGUGUGCGGCCUCGCCUGCUGGAGGUGCAGGUGGCUCCUGCCCCUGCUGCUGGGCCUGGCCAUCAUCAUGGGCAUCAUCGCCCUGGCGGGCAGGGGCUGGCUGGAGUCGGAGUCGGGGCCCUACGUGCAGCAAGCGUCGUUAUGGGAGAGCUGCACGCGGGGCGAGGAGGACCUCAACUGGAGCUGCGAGUCCCUCAUGGACUAUGGAUGGGGGAGAGCAGCAGCUGCCACAUACCUCGUUGGCUUUGUGAUCCUGGUCAUCUGUUUUGCCCUCGCAGUCAUCGCAUUCUCAAUUGAGAUACUUCGCUUCAACUUUGUGCGAGGAAUUGGAGGCUUGCUCUUUGUUGUUGCUGCGUUCCAGAUCAUAGGCUUGGUCAUCUACCCAGUGAAAUUCACUGAAGAAAUUCCACUGAUGGGAGAUAACAUGUUCAGCUGGGCCUAUGGCUUUGGCUGGGCCAGCACUGUUGUCGUAAUAGGUUGUGCUUUCUUCUUCUGCUGCCUCCCCAACUGGGAAGAUGAAGUCCUGGGAAACAUCAAGCCUACCUAUUACUACUCCUCCCCAGAGAGAGCACCAUACUUAAAUUGAAAGAUUAAAUCCAAGUACAAUCAACUGUCAAAACAACAGAGGAGCACCUCUGAUGUAAAUUUGGUGUGAUUAUAGGAGACUGGAAAAACCCACCUUAUUUCUCCAGAGUAUUUACUAUUAUAUUGAACUAGAUGAUCUUAAAGGUCCCUUCCAAUACAAACCAUUCUAUUUCUUACUAGUCCUGGCAAUAAAUGAGUGAAAACAUUGGCAUCUUUAAGCAAAUAGCUUUUACCUAAAGUAUUAUUUACGUAUUCUUAUGUCGAUUCUGUUUGGGUGGUUUACUAGCUCCUUCCCCUCCCAACUAAUUGAGUCAUCCUUAUUUUAAUCAAACACUUGCUGAUGAAUAAAGAUGUAGUGUUUCAAGUGUAGAAAGGGGGAGGAGGUAUUUUAAACAACACAUUAGAGGGACCUGUAAGUUAUUUUUGUUUUCACCUCUGACAAAAUUGCCUUAAAUGGUACUAGAAAAAGCCCAACCUUCCAAAGAAUGCUUUUUCUUCUACCAAAGUCAGUCCCAAGGAAGGAACUUCCCUGAGGCUGUUGCAGUCACCUGCUGCCUAAGAAUCUCUUCUCAUUCCUGUUACUGGACUAUUGUUGACUAUUAGCUAUUUGAAUUAAGGGGAAAAUAAAAUUAAAAUUUAUUUUCCACCAGUUGGUGCUAUUGGAUGGAGGUCUUCUCUAAAGCAUGGAGCUGGUGUGUAUAACAGUGGCUAAUGUAACACUUAUUGGUGUUUUUGUGGCCACUGCAGGACUUGUGAUGGAGCCACAUAUAACUUAAUAUACAUUGUCACAGAGAGAAUCAAUAAACUUUCAGAUGUUAAACUACAUACAUGGUAUUUGAGGGAUACCAACAGAAAAUACCUUUGAGUAGAAACAUACAUUGUUCUUUAUGUCUACAUUUUUAAAACUGCAGUGUUUUAUUUAUCAGCUGUGCUUUGGAGGGAAAUCUUAGCAUAAGGUGUUGAAAACCUCCGAAAGUUUCUAAAGCACACUGUAGGUACUCCAGAGUUUAGUAAACUUGGGGAUGCUUUAUGAGUCACUAGGUAUAACAGGUAAAAAUAGAAAAGCAGUUCUGUGAGCGACUUACAUAUGCAAACUUCACACAGACACCCGUCUCGGGGAGUAAUCUGGCCGGCUCCUAGCUUGUGUUUCUGGAGCCAGCAAUUCCAAAUAAGUAUUCCAGUGAGGCAGAGCCAUGUCUGUAUUGGUCAUGGAGCUGCAGCAGCUUACAGCAGAUUUAAUUAUGGUCUGUCAUCUUUGUCAGAGCUUGCUUCAGCUGGGUAAGAAGAAGGAAGAGGCUCAUUUGUGGAGCUCCUCUGCCAGCUAUGGGGGAAGUAGCUCUAGCAGAGACAGAUUUCUGAGGGGGGUACAGGUAGGGUGGAAAGCAAAUGCUGUGCAUUACUCUAGGUAACGAGCAGCUGGGGACUUAUUUCUUACUAUUGUGAACUCAGUACUUAGGAGAGGGUAAGUGUGUGGGUAUAUGUAUUCAUACACAUGUACAAAAUAGAACUUAUAAAGCAUUAACCAGCAUACUGUAAAUCUAAAGUCAUUUAGAACUAAGCUUUUUCAUUGCCCAAUAUUCCUUGUAUUAUACGUUGUAUAGCUUUCUGUUUUGUAACACCUUUUAAAAUUCGGUAAUUCUCUAUAUUGCAUGUGAUCCUGUUUUGGAAAAGCCAGGUGACUUCUGAAGGUCCCUUCCAGGCCUGUAUUUUAUAACUUGGCAGAGCGUAAACACCUGCAGACUUCAGGACCGUGUUAGAUGCUCAGUCAUGGCAUAUACAGUCAACUGUAUUUAUAAUUCUUGCUGAAGAAGAGAAUCCUGUGACAAAUGUGUGUUUUGGUUGGUUUUUUUGUUUUUUUUUUUUCUUUCUGUACAGUACUGGCUGGUGGGGAAUACUGUGUAGACUUAUCUGUAUCAUGAGUAAUGAUAGUACCUACUUUCUAGUGAAUUCAAAACACAGCAGAGAAUCCCAAGUCUGGAAGAUCCUUGCACAGCUAAAGCUGAGAAGGAGAAAAGACGUAAGAAAAUGGACACCCUUCCUAAUGAGAGGGAGGAUGAUAUGAUAAUAGGGUUUAGCAUAACUUAAGUCUUUUGUAUGUUUUUUUUAUAAGCAUCGUCAUAACUUGUCAAAAAAGCACAAAUGUAAAGUAAACUUGGCUCUGAAUAUACUGGGAGGGGUAGAAGCAUAACCAGCAUGUUACACAAUUAGGAUGUUCAGGGGGGGGAAAGCUAUUGCAAAUAGUCAUUAAUUACUCUCAAGUGAUACUAAUGUAUGUGGCACUCCUUUCAGAUGUGGUGGCUUGAUUAAAACUGUUUUAACUGAC